GCAUCUGCGCGUCCUCCACCAUCCGCUUUCAUAGCUUCGUGCAGCCGUUCAAUCAAAACCGUUAGGACUACCGAGUAGGUAACGUGUGUAUUUUAUAUAAGUGAAGUUAAAAUAAAUUAAUUUAACAAGAUGAGAGAAAUCGUACAUAUUCAAGCUGGCCAGUGCGGAAACCAAAUAGGAGCUAAGUUUUGGGAAAUUAUAUCAGAUGAACAUGGAAUAGACCCCACUGGAGCAUAUCACGGAGACUCCGACCUCCAAUUAGAAAGAAUAAACGUAUAUUACAAUGAAGCGUCUGGAGGAAAAUACGUACCACGUGCCAUACUCGUCGAUCUCGAACCAGGUACCAUGGACUCCGUCAGAUCUGGACCAUUUGGACAAAUAUUUAGACCAGACAAUUUUGUAUUCGGACAGUCCGGCGCCGGAAAUAACUGGGCAAAAGGUCAUUAUACAGAGGGAGCCGAACUUGUAGAUGCCGUUUUAGACGUAGUACGAAAAGAAGCGGAAUCAUGCGACUGCCUUCAAGGAUUCCAACUCACUCAUUCCCUUGGUGGUGGUACUGGAUCUGGUAUGGGUACUUUACUAAUCUCAAAAAUCCGUGAAGAAUACCCAGACAGGAUAAUGAACACCUAUUCUGUUGUGCCAUCACCUAAAGUAUCAGACACUGUUGUAGAGCCAUACAAUGCAACUUUAUCAGUACAUCAGUUGGUUGAGAACACAGAUGAAACAUACUGUAUCGAUAAUGAAGCUCUUUAUGACAUCUGCUUUAGAACUUUGAAAUUGACAACACCAACCUAUGGCGAUUUAAAUCAUUUAGUUUCCCUCACAAUGUCUGGCGUAACAACGUGUCUACGGUUCCCUGGUCAAUUGAACGCAGAUCUUAGAAAAUUGGCUGUCAACAUGGUACCAUUCCCGCGACUCCACUUCUUCAUGCCCGGCUUUGCACCACUCACAUCGAGAGGAAGCCAACAGUACAGGGCUCUGACUGUACCAGAAUUAACACAACAAAUGUUUGACGCCAAAAAUAUGAUGGCCGCUUGCGAUCCAAGACAUGGGCGUUACCUAACCGUGGCAGCUAUCUUUAGAGGUCGUAUGUCAAUGAAAGAAGUCGACGAACAAAUGUUGAACAUCCAAAAUAAGAAUAGCAGCUAUUUCGUCGAAUGGAUACCCAACAACGUCAAGACAGCUGUAUGUGACAUUCCACCAAGAGGUCUUAAAAUGUCAGCUACGUUUAUUGGUAAUUCUACUGCCAUCCAAGAGCUAUUUAAACGCAUUUCAGAACAGUUCACAGCCAUGUUCCGCCGAAAAGCUUUCUUGCAUUGGUACACGGGCGAAGGUAUGGAUGAAAUGGAAUUCACAGAAGCUGAAUCGAACAUGAACGAUCUCGUAUCAGAAUACCAACAAUAUCAGGAAGCAACGGCUGACGAAGAUGCAGAAUUUGAUGAAGAAGCAGAGGCCGAAGUUGACGAAAAUUAAAUUAAAAAAUAGAAUGCAAACAAAGCAGCAGUUGUUUUACACAAGACUGACAUAUUUCCUACCUUGAUUCGAGAAUUA